GCCGACAAGAGGUGUCUCCCUUCGCAACUUUCGCUUCCGGCCACAGAAAAGCACGCUGGAGUGAAAAUACAAUCUUUUGAUAGUCGGUUGUUUGUAAUUUUGGCAUCAUGAGUUUCACAAAGAGUAAGAAAAAUAUGGAAGAAGGGGAUACGGUGCUCCUCCAUCUGGGAUACGAUAAUAUCUUGCCCAUACGAUUAACUCGUGGCCGGGUAGAUCAAACUAAAUACGGCGCCAUCAGGCACGACAAUUUAAUGAACACACCUUACGGUCGGAAAAUACAGUGCCCGAAAGGAUGGUUACAUCCUCUUCAACCUACAGCGGAAUUGUGGACUCUAGCUCUUCCUCACAGGACUCAAAUUCUCUAUUCCACUGAUAUCAGCCUCAUUAUUCUACAGCUUCAUUUGAGACCUGGUUCUGUAGUGGUCGAGGCUGGGACUGGCAGUGGAUCCUUGUCUCAUGCGUUAAUAAGAAGUGUGAUGCCCACUGGCCAUCUUUACACAUAUGAGUUUCAUGCAGAAAGGUGUUCAGCAGUUCAGAAAGAAUUUGAACAUCAUGGCUUGAGCAACUUUGUAACAGUGAAACAUCAUGAUGUGUGUGACAAGGGCUUUCCUUUGGAUUGUGCAGCAGAUGCUGUGUUCUUAGAUCUUCCAUCACCAUGGGAAUGUGUCAAAAGUGCUAAACAGGUGUUGCAAACAGGUGGCCGCAUUUGCACUUUUUCACCGUGCAUCGAGCAAGUUCAGCGUACCUGUGACACUCUUCGGGAACAUGGGUUUGAAGACUUGAUAACCGUUGAGUGCCUGGCACAACCAUAUUCAGUGCAAACUAUUCACCUGCAAGAAGUGGAUUUUGGAAAUGCUAAAGUUACCGGUAAUGGUAGUGAAACCAGACCACAUAAAAUGGCGAAACUGGAAAGUGCAGAGUUCAAGGAAGAGCUGAAGACAGAUCAUGGAGAGCAUGAUGAGAUUAAAGGCAACACCACCGGAAAUUUGAAUGCUGGUGUGGAUGCUCCUCCAAAAGAACAUUCGAAGAACAGUGAUCCACAAUCAGAUGCAGGAAGCAGAUCUGUGAAGAGACAAGAAGGCAGAUCUGAUCUCAAAAGGCAUGAGUUUAGAGUCUCUGCUCCUUCAUUAGUUAGGCAAGGUCACACAGGCUUUCUUACAUUUGCAUCUCUUUAUUUGGUCUAAAACUGUGUAAUUUUUUUUUUUGGCUUGGUAUGAUUUAGUGUAAAUGAAGCUUGCAAUAUGAGUAUCAGCAUUUUCUUUCUUUGGAAUUGUGCAAACUCCAUUUAUAAUGGCCCAAAUUUUCCGAUAUGAUAUAAAAUAAUUACUUAGUUAAAAGGCUACCAAUAAGAUAAAAUUCUAUUUCAGAAACUACAGGUUAUAUUAAUCUCUUCAGUGGUAGCUAAAGUUUUCUUAUAAAACAAAACAAAAACCCAAAACAAGCAAACAAAAAUUGUCUGAGCAGAGUGCAUAAUUAUUUGCUUAUAUUUGAAACUAAACUUUGCUAACAGUAUUUGCUGACUUCUGUGAAUUUUUGCCAAAAGUUGUUUGAAUAAAAUGGCAGAGUCAGCAUUUAUGUUUUAGAAGAUUUAAUAUAAAGGUAAGGCAAUCUCUUUUCAGAUUCCAGAUUACAUAAUAUUUUAAAAUACAAUUUUUAUUCUUGUGUUCUUUGUGGCUAUGCAGAAAAAGGUGUCAGAAAUUUACCAUUUUCUUGCUAAUACGUUGUUUAGGAGAACCAUUGACUUUGCUUUAUGCUCCAUAUCUUCAUACCCUCUGGAGGGGAAUAAAAAAAAUGACAGAAAA